AUGUCGGACAAAGCCGAAGGCAGCGAUUCCAACCAAGGUUCACAAGACGAAGAGAGAGGUGACAGUUCAAAAGUUACUUCGUUAAAGGAUGCCACUCAUAAACUAAAAGCUGAAGCUCUACGGCGAUUGCAGCUUGAGGAUGCUGAUUACGAGAACGAGGGCGCGAAAAAUGAAGAAGCCCACCACCAGGAUCAAAACGACGAGAAUGCACAAGAGGGGAUUGAUAUGAGCGAUAAGCAAGGAAAUGGCCCUGAAAUACCUGAUAUUGCGAGCAAGGAAACUAAUUUAGCCGUUUCUGAUCAAAACGGUGGUGAUUCAAAUGUCGACGAAACUAGGGAAAGAGGAGGUUUUGAUGAGGAGUUGAAUUCAGCGAAAACUGAAGACAUUGCUGGGGAUUCUUCAACUGAAAACGUGCCCGUCCCCACAAGCGUACAAAAUUCUGAUGAUAUGAAUGCGAACAAAGGUGGCGACCCAAGCGGCGAGAUCAAGAAUCAAAGUAUAGAGGACCAAAAUGCCUCUGUAAUGCAAGACGGACACUCAAAGGAGAAUGUCACUGAUGCAGUUAGGAAGGAUUCAAGGCCUUCAAGCUCACAGGGGCAAGAGGGAACAUCGAUUGGGUCUAGACCUGGAUCAAGUGGGGCAAGACCGGGUUCAGGCUCCAAGGGGGCCGGUAAAGGGGAGGGAACUGAUCAGAAACUAAGCAGUAGACCUGGUUCAAGCGAUCGCAGCAGGUCUAGACCAGGAUCACGAUCUGGGUCUAAGGGCCCAAGUCAUGAAGUUCAUACAGGUAGUAGACCGGGAUCUGGUGCGCGUACCAGGUCUAGACCUCAGUCAGGAAGUAAGAGAGAGGCUGCAGGCGGCGAAGUGGGAGUUGUCAAACAAGAUGUAUCCUCUGGAGGAGUUGCUGGAGAAACAAACGUAGGGAAAGAUGGUACUUCAGUGGGUGACAAACCAUUUAAAAGUGAAGUCAGUCUUUCUCAAUCAGACACAAAUAAGGAGGCAAUUAAAGAAAAUGACUCGAUAAGUGAGCAGGCAUCUUCUUCAAGUAAUAUAAUUGAGGGUGGAUCUCAAACAACAGCUGCUAAUUCAGUUGAAGAAGGGAAGGAACCCCUUGGUGAUAUGUCAAAUUUAAAUGUAAAUGAUAAAUCUCCUGGCGACACAUUUGCACAAGUGUUAAGUGACGAGAAUAAAUUUGCGUCAGAGCAGAGAGAAGGAGAUGAUGAUAAAAUAAGUGAUGAAGUGUCACCCCCUAUGAAUGAAGGGUCAGACUCUACAGCUACUGUUGCUGAUUCUAAACAGGGAUCUGAUUCUCUCUCUGAUAAAAAACAGGAUCCUGGAGGCAUGGAAGCUGGUGAAGAUGCUGUAGAAGGCAAACAACCUGAGAGUACUGAGAUUGGUAAAGAAAAGUCAAGUAGUUCUGAACAAGCUGGCCAAGGUGAUCCAGAAUCUAGUGAGGCAAAAAUGUCUCACAAUCUUUGCAGGGAGAAGAUAGUCCAAAAGAUGAGAAUAUUCCUGAUGGAAAAGAAGGGACAGCUACAUCUGGUGGGAAAGAUGGAUCUAGUGCUGAUGCGGCUGCUACAGACCAAAAGACCUCGCAGUCUGUCGAGGCACAGGGAUCUGAUGAAGCCAGGGAUGCUGAAAAUAAUAAAGAAAAAGCAGAGACAGAAGCAGCUGAUGGAGGUGGUAAAAAAGAUGACCACAAAGAUGACGCGUCUGUUAAACAAAGGACAGAAGGGGGAAAGAGUGACACUGAGGCAGAUAAAACUGAGGGAAAGAAAGAAGAAGGUGGUGAAAAGAAAAAGACGAAGAAGAAAGUAAAGAAGGAGAGUACAGGACAGGAAGAGGAGGUUGAGGAUGAAGAAGAUAACACAGCUGAGGAAACAGAGAAAGCUGUGGAGGAACCAAACCAAACAAAACCAACACAAAGUGCACCAGGUAAGGAAUUUAUGGUACUCAGUUAAGAUAAAGUAUAAAAAUAUCAAGAGUAAUUUGGUGGAAACAGCCAAGUCAAGGCUGUGCUCUAAGGAAAAUUGAAGGGACCCCAGAGCUCUGAAACAGUAAAAUUUAGGGUGCCCAACAUACGAUCUGUAUGAAGAUAGUAAGAUUUUCUAGUCACCCAAGAACAAAAGUUAGGCACCAGGGGCCACCAGGCUCUGCUAGAGCACAGCCCUGCAAGUAAUUAACAUAAAAUAAUUUUUUUGGUGGUCACAUUAAUUGACAACCGACUGUGCACCAUAUUAAUGUCCAGUCAAAGUAGAAUUGUCUACUGGAUUUCUGUGGAUGGCCACCAACAUUUAUAAGAAAUUCAAGGGCAAUUCAAGGGGGCUUAGUUAGUCGAAGGUCAGUACCCUCACCAUUUCCACACUUUUGCUUCCUGUUAGCCUAGGUUGCAGACAUAUCUAAUCCUUGUUAGUAAUGUCUGCCAAGCAGUGCUGAGAUCCUUGUUCUUGCCCCCCCAGAGGACUCAACGAAUUACCAGAAGUGUGUUUCGAAUUUCUCUUUAACUUGAUUGGAAAUUCGACAAUGGCUUUUUACGAGGCCAAUCAUGGCACAUCCUCAAGUCCUAAUACAUAGGAGGGGGCCCAGAACUAGGGUUUUGAUGCUUGAUCACAGAUGUCUAGACUUUAAGUUUCCUCUGUGGCACAGGCUUGCUCCCUGUUUGGUGUCACAUCAAAAUAAUGUUGUGUUGACUCUAGUAAUCAGGUGCAUACACUCAAGCUUACUCUUAUCAGGGGUGGAUCCACAGGAGAAGCCCAGCCCAAAGGGCUGAAAAAAUAUUUUUGGGAAACCAGGUUCCCCCCCCCCUUAUCUCAGGGUCUGGAUGACUGUUCCCCCCCUUAUCUGAAGGUCUGGAUCUGCCACUGCUUAUGUUAUGAUAACAUUAAUGUGUUUAAUCUCUUCUAAGACUCCCUCAAGAAAGGUUCUUUAAUCCUCUGCGAUGAUGUAAGGGUCUCCAUGUCUGCUUUUUGAUGGGCGGGGUGGGUGGGGCAGGGUUGGGGUCUCAAAAUGUUUGUAAAGAGAAAAUGCUAGUACGGAGAGUUAAUGUCCAUUGAUUAAUGUUGUGUAUUUAUAUCGGGGUGUCUGUGGAAAUACAACUGUAACAUAUGUAAUUCACCCUUUAUUAGGUGAAGGAGGAGAGGAAGAAGAGGCAGAAAGAAUUCUUCCAGAUGAUUUCUAUUAUGAUUUUGAUGGUUUGGUUUCAACAGCAUUUUCAACAGAAGGCAUCCCUUUACAGCUAUUGUCAUUUCAGUAUCCUUUAUGUGACUUUUCCCCCUAUUACUAUCCAUUCCUGUUACCUGCUAAUAUGUUAUUUUGUAUGAAUUUUUUCUUACCAUUUCAAAGUCAUAAAACAACCGUAAGUAAAGCUCUCUUUCAUACAGUUAUGCUUUGAAAAUUUUGUUUAAUAGACUGUCACCUUAAUUUUUGAGAAGGAAUUUUUAAUACUGGUUUUCUAGCUCAACCCAUCUAAGCUCUUUUACAGUUAAUAAGGAUCAUUGAGUUAGUGUGUGCACCUUGACUCUUUCCCCUCCACUAGCCACUCUUUUGGUUAUGAGUGUACAAAGAGGUCAAACCUUCAUGUCUUGGAUGAGAAUUGUGUUUUGUUCUCGGCUGGAAACACAGUAGAAAUUCUCAAUCUCAAGACUCAGGAACAAACUCACAUUCGCACAACAGGUGGUGGAGGGAUUGGAGCUGUUGCUGUAAGGGCUUAAUUUUUAACUCUUAACCGUUAUUACUGGUUCAAGGACCUGUUAUACAAGGCAAUUUUUCUCAAACUCAACUGCUUUCAAUAUUGUGUUGUACUGUUGUGAGAUAUUUGAACCUUUUCUCUCGCUCGAAAAACUAUACCCCAUUUGAGGAAAUUUCUUGGCAGCACAUUACCAGUACAGGUAUUUGUGAUAGUUUCCCCUGAAGCAUAGGGUAUAAAGGAAUACCUGAAAAAAUUUUAAAGAUAAACAAAAACACAAUGAAAAACAAAGCAAACAUUAAUAAUUCUUAAAUGUAACGUCUACAAUUUGAGAUAUUGUUAUACUAUGCAAUUAAUUGUUUUGUGACUUGUGUCUUAACCAAAUUGCAAGGAAAGUUACUACAAAAAGUACCUAGCAAUGGGUCAUUAAGACAGCUGCAGAAGUUGUAACAACUUAUAAGCUGUUAUUUUAAUGUUUUGAAGUUUUCUGUGGCAUAAUCAUUUGGCAGUGCAUUUGUCUCCCAUAUGCAUAUUGAGCAUUUUUCUGGAAUUUUUGACAGGUUCAUCCAAGCAGCAAAUAUUUUGCAGUGGCAGAAAAAGGCAUAAAACCAAACGUCAACAUAUUUGAGUAUCCAUCACUUAAGCUUCACCGCAUCCUUCGUGAUGGGACUGAAGAAGCUUAUGCUCAUCUUGACUUUUCACCAAAGGGUGACAAGCUUGCGUCUGUUGGUAGUGCACCAGAUUACAUGCUAACAGUGUGGGACUGGAAGAAUGAGCAGGUCAUCCUGCGGUCCAAAGCCUUCUCACAGGAUGUUUAUAAAGUGGCGUUUUCCCCUGAAGAUGAGGGCCAUUUGUGUACUAGUGGUUCUGGCCAUAUUAGGUGUGUAGCUUCCCCCUUCCCUUCAUUGCAGAGGGGUACUUUUAUAUGUGCUCAUGUGCUGCUCUGCAGGAUAACAAUUAAAGGUUUUCAAGCAGUUUAGUCUGCAAAAGGGUGUGGGUUUGGCCUAUAAUACGCUAUCCACCCCCCAUGGUAUUCAUCCCUCCAAACUUAUAUGCUGCCACAGUCUCUUAAGCUCCAUCUUUGGCUUUUUGAUGUAACAUGACCGGGAACUGCUAACAGUCUAAUCUCCGUGUUUCCUGUUCCAGCAAUUAGUCCACACCCCUCGGAGAGGCUAGCCUUCAUUAAGUUUAGCUAAUUUAUGCAGCAUCAAGCAACUGGAAGCAACAUGCUACCUUCCACUGGUCAAACUACUCUUAGAAGGAUAAUUAUGUCUUUUUUUGUUUUCCCUUGUUUUAUGCCUUUUUUUAAAAUUGGACAAGGGAAAAAAUAAGUAAAGCAAAACUGACGGGAAAUCAUUUUUUACCCUUCAGCAAAUGUGUAAAUUCUAAUUUAUUGAUGUCAUAUACAUGGAGAGGCAAUAUAGGGCAAGUGAAUUGUCUAAGGAAGCAUUACUGUGAAUAUUUGUCCAAGCUGCUGAAAAGAGGUUUUGAUAUAAAUUUUUUCUCGUCAGAUUCUGGACAAUGGCAAACACCUUCACUGGGCUGAAGUUACAAGGACAGAUUGGAAAGUUUGGUGCAAAGGAGCUGUCUGAUAUAGAAGGUUGGUGUCUUUUAUACCAAUUCUUUUACAGGGUAGAGUUUUUUUGGGGGGGGGGAGGGAGGUGGGUAGGGAAUGGAGACAUAAAGGAUUAAAGCGUGAAAAGUGUCUAUGGAAGGUAAAAACAUAAGAUUAAUAGCUCUGUACAGCCCACUUAGUGGAAAGAAGGCAGGAACCUACAUUUUCAUUUUAUGGACACUUUUAUUACUAUUUUGUAAUGACCCACAUGGGGGUUGGGGAAUAUUUUGGGGGGCUAUAUUUUAAACCCUCUAAAAAGGGUGUUGAUUUUUUUGUAAGCCCAGUCGGGUUGGGUGAGGUGUCACAUACUCAGGUGAGAUGUACAAAGCUUUUAUCUUAAGCUCCCACACACUGUUGGGCCAGAAUAUCACAUUCUUUCUUAUAUUAACAUUGUCACCAAAAUAGGCCUAUUUCUUGACCAAUUCAGUGCAUGCUUUCUCUCAUCAGCGUGUCCCCAUGGGCAAGCAGUGAAUAUUUUGUACGUAUAUAUUCUUUACUUUUGUUAUGUCAUAAUGUAUGAUAUUUGUAACAUGCAGGCUUUGUUGAACUUCCUGAUGGUAAAGUACUCUCUGGUUCAGAAUGGGGUAACAUGCUGCUCUGGGAUGGUGGUUUAAUUAAGGUGGAAAUUUCUAAGAAAGGCAGAAAGCCUUGUCACGUUGGCAUGAUAGAACAGUUCUUCAUGGAUGAGGGAGAACUCAUGACAAUUGGUGCUGAUGGUUUUGUGAAAGUUUGGGACUUUGAGAGUAUUGACAACGCAGAUACUACUGAGGAGGGACAGCUUUUUGAAAUGGAUCCAAUGUAUGAGCUAAAGGUGAGGAUUCACAUCCUGGAACCCUUUGAGCCUGGGAGUUUACUUGACCAAUACUUGGGUAUAGGUCAGCCGCUGAGGGUUUGAAACCCUGACCCUGUUUUUGGACAAAAAAAUUCUAAAAUACGUAGCCUGAGUGUGUAGGACAGCACCCUCAAUUUUAUUACCCUGUUUAGGACAAAGGACAGAAUUGACACCAUCUUGGUUUAAAGCCGUCAAAUUCACAUUGUACUCAUUGCUUUAAUUUGUAUACUUGAAGUACAAACAAAUUUCAUCAAGCAAAUCAAAUCAAUUGUGCAGGCAACAUCCUUUUCAUAAUCAGGACAGACUUGUACAAAAUUAUAUUCCCUGUUUGAGGCAGACGCACGUAAAAUUAUUUACCCUGUUUAGGACAGAGAGGACAAAAACCAUACUGUCCAGUGACACAUCCCCGUAUAGGCCAUAUAAGGUAGUACAUUCGCUGAGUCUGGGAGUCCUAUUUUCAUGUUUGUUGUGAUGCAUGCAAUGUUACACACAAGGUACAUUGCAAGCCAGUCAAUCAAUCAAAUCUAUGCCAUGACAAACUGCGGUAAAAUAGCGAGAAUGUUUGAUUUUAUGCAGGUUGGAACGGAUGUGAAGCUCAUGUCAAUGGUAAAAGCUGUUAACACUGAAGCUCCCAUCUGGUAUGCUCAGGUAUGUAUCGGAUCAUCUUAUUAACAUACAUGUAAAAUGUAUGAGUCAUGAAGUCCUCCAUGCAUUUUGGAAAUAAAUCUGCCCAUGUCACAUUGUUUAAAUUUGUUUCAGGAUGCGGCUGGUGGUAUUUGGAAAUUGGAUCUGUCAUUUACACACACUGUAAGUAGUAAAGAUCAUCUUUCUUAUUACUACAAGCAGUACUACAUAUGUGAUUCGUUAUUACAGUCAAGCCAGUUCAAGCAUACCCCCCAGGAAGCCAUUAAUGAAUUUAUCCGUCGUUAGUUGUAGAUUUCAGAUAUUCAUCUCUGCAUUCCUGCUUACGUAAUAAGCAGUGAAUUCACACGUGAGGUAGUUAUGAAAUUUCAACCCCCUCUUUUUUCUUGAAUUUUGAUGGAAAUGUCUUCACAGCAAUUCUGUUCAUUUCAAGUAAAAAAUUCACUGCUCAUUAUGCAUGCAGGAAUGCAGAUUUGAAUGUGGCAAUGACUAAUGGAUUCACUUUUCACAUAGUCGAUUUAUUAAUGGAAUCUUGUGGGGUAUACUUGACCUGGCUUGAUUGUAAACUGGACAUUUUGAUACUGGUAGUUAUACCAAUACCCUGUAUAUGUUGCAGUGUACAAUAUGUACAUUUAUGCUUGAAAAUAGCGGUAGAUAUGGCAACAGUGCUCUGGAUAAAAACCCACCAACUGUAAGGGAGGUUCUAACUAAAACUUAGCCAUCUAACAUACUGUUCCAUGUUUAAAUGCCGCAUUAUUCACAGUUCAUUCAAUCGCUCAUGAGGUUUUGAUUGUUGUCAUUGGAAAAACUUUAUGCUUGGGUUGAAAGAAUAUCAUUGAACUGGUUGUCAUUACAUCGAGAUUCUGCUCCAUACAAUUUACUGUAACUUAAGAUCGGACACAGAGUGUUGGUUGUUAAAUCAGGAAUAUUGUUAAAUUGACAAUGAUAAAAUCAGGUUCCACUGUAGUAGUUUACUUCUUACUGCCUUCACUUGAAAAUCUUACCAUCUUUUCUUCUUUGCCACAGAGCCAUGCCCCUGAAAGGAUGUACUCAUAUCAUGCUGGACCAAUCACUGGACUGGAUACUUCACCUGUAGCACAUUUUGUGGCCACAACAGGAGUAGAUCGUAAGUAACUAAUGACAAACAGACAUUGGUAUCUUCCCGGGGGGUUACUUUAGGAACUUUUGGGUGAGGAUGUGCCACUGGGACUCUGGAAUCUAUAGUCUAUACCAGAGCUUUUUCGGUAUGAUUAUAUGAAAUUUGAAGAUAAACUGACUGAGGAAUUGCUAAAGAUUGUCCAUUACAAUUUACAGACUUCAAUAAGUUUGUUUUCGAAAGACAUCAAGGUAGAGCAGUCUUUCAGCUCCUCAGAAAGUCUGUUCCACAAGCUUGCAGCACUGGCACUGCUGGCAGCACUGAACAUAAAUGAGCGCUGUCCGUAUAUUGUUUAAUUCUGGGGAACUUUAAGUUUGUUUUACUAGACUAUACUGAAUGAAAGCCAUUCCCUACAUAGCAGCACAUACCGAUAUAGCAUGCUCAUGGUAGAGCAUUCACCCGGACCCAAAUCCUGGCGUGAACAUUAUAUGUAUAUGUGAGUUGAGUUGGUUGCUGGUUCUCUUCCCUGCUCUGAGAGUUUUUUUUUCUGGGUACUCCACUUUUUCCUCACUCCUCAAAAACCAACACUUCCAAAUUACAUGUAUAGUUCGAUCUGGAACGAGCUCACACAUGUUCAAACAAGUUCUUUUAACUCUUAAGAGUUUCCUUCCCGUUGGGUAAACAAAUUACAAGACAUUUACUUUAGUUAUUACUAACACGUACUGUUAUUUUAUGUGGCAGAUACUGUGCGAGUGUAUGACUAUGUUUCCAAGACUCCCAUGUGUCAAGCAAAGUACAACUCAGGUGGCUCCAGCUUAUUAUGGGUACCUAAAGACGUAAGUGUUAAGCUAACUCAACCGGAAGACUGGGGAGAGGAACGGGAAGUAGAAUCCCAUACAUGUUUAGGGGAGGCCAGUCGUGAUUCUUGUUGCUGUUAUGUUGUUUAAUUCAUAAAACCUCUCAAAUACACUCAACUCCCUGUAUAUAAGACGGAUAGCCUUAGGAACAACACGGUGUCCGUCUUGGAGAAACGCCCGUCUUAAUGCGAGCCCGCAAUCCUAAUCUCCAGGGCCCGGUUCCUCGAAAGGUGGUUAAGUUUAACCCAGGAUUAAGCCAAAUUUUAAGCACAGUUUUCUCGUCUAAGAACGUGCAACUCGAGGUUACAAAGUACUGCUGAGCAUUUACUACGAGUUACAGUAAUGAUAACACAAAAUGUUACCCUAAGCAAUGCAUAGGAAUGUAAAAUGCAAAAACGGAAUAAGAUUUUAAUCCUGGAUUUAUGCUAAUCGGUCUUUCAGGAACCGGGCCCAGGUUGUUAUUACGCAAGCUCUCCGUUUGGAGUGGCGAGCGAAGCGAGGUGCGACAGAACGCGCGUGCGAGUGGCAAAGCUGCGAGGGGCGGAGCAAAGGAGAGCUCUCCUUUCUUUCCCUGCAUCUCGACCCACGUCUUCUUUCGCGUUGCACGUGACUUUUCACGAUAUCCCACAAAUAGAUACGAUAGUUUGUUUGCAGACAAUAAAUUUUGCAUACAUAUGCAUUUGAAUAAGACGAAAUCUUAAGGAAACGGUUCUCUUAUAAGAGUGACAUUACGUGACCUUCUAUAGCAAAACAGACUUACAAACUAAAAAGAACUAUCGCUUAUCCGUAUUUCAGGUUGAAACAACAGGUACCAAACUCUUGGCUGGUUUUGCUGAUGGUGUGGUUCGUCUACUGGCGUUAAAUAAGGUUGAUCCAUCACAGCUUCGGACGAAAAAGUCCAAGCAGAAGUUUGAGCUUAAUCUCGAACAAGUCUUCAAACCUCACACAAAAGCAGUUAACGUUAUGGCUAUUGAUGAGCAAGGCGAACUUCUGGCUACCGGGGUAAUUUUAGACCGUUUAAGAAGUAAAAGAAAAAAAACUAAACAGUAAAUCUGUCGUUCACACACACACCUUUGAGCAAAAUGUAAAUAGAAGUAAAAAAAAAUCUUUGUACUCUGAUGUAAAAUUUGUCCUUUUUGGGAGAACGUUAGAACAUUGGACGUAAUAUUUAGACGUCCUUGGAAAUCUUUCGCGUGUUUUUAGGUAUGUUCAAGUUUUUUUUUUCUCAGGAUAUGUCCACACGAAUCUAAACGAUAUUUAUCUGUUUAGGAAUUCAUCCACACUAGAAGUCGUUUUCGAUGAUCGUUUAUUAUUUCUUUAUUCACGCGUGGACGAAAAUCGUAAAUCUGACAUACAUUUGUGGUGGACAUUGCUUUAAAUCUUGGUUUUCCAACAAAAAGAGUACUAGUUAUGUAACAAUGAAGUAAUGUUACUGUCUUCCAUCUAUUUUUUUCCACUGACAUGGAGAUGUUAUUCUUUUCAGAGCAAUGACUGUACAGUGUUUUUCUUCACCGUUGGUGAUACUUACAAACCCGUUGGUUUUAUUGAAACUGCCUCCCCGGUUGUCGCCAUGGAAUGGUCGGAAAAGAAAGGAAAGGUGAAUUAUCUCGAUCUUUCGUCGCGGAGUUUAUAUAUCUAUAGUGUUUGUCUUAUAAAACAAUAAGUAUUUUAACACAGAUUAAGAUGGCGAAGGCGAAGACAAGAGAGUGUGUGUACGGUAGUAGCAAGUAAAGUCAGUAUGAAAUAAAUAAUACAUAAUUUGUGGAAGUUUAAUUAAAAGGAGAAAUGGUCGCCGCGUUUAUGCGUGCAAUUUUAAGUUAUUGCGAAAAGAAGCUUGAAAAAGAGGCGAUUUCCGAGCUCGAAAAUUCUCACUUUCAAAAUGAGACCAAGUGCAAAACCUUUCUGAUGAGAAUGAGUUUUAUUUACUUGAGAAUAAAAAUAAAAGUAUUUUCAUAUCGAAAGCUUUGCACUUAGCUUCACUUUGAAAUAGAGGCCUGGGCCUGUUAUAACUCGGAAAUGGCCUAUUGAAAUCGCAACUUCGUUCCCAGGUUCUCUGGAACGAGGUUGCGCAAAUCGUGUUAAUUCGCUACUCUAGAAACGAGAGAAACGAGAGGGAAACUCUCCCGAAUUAACUUUCGCAAAGACUUCUGGGAUUGUUACUAUGGACCGGCGCGUCCCCGGUAACGAUCCCAGAAACGAUUGCUUGAUGCAUUUCGGCUCCAGUUCCCUUUUCGUCUCUUAAGUGGUGAUGUCUUACACUUCCUCACCAGGUUCCGAAGGGCAUACUCGUCAGCUGUAAAGAUGGAACUGUACUUCAUGUGGAGGCUCCCGUGCCUGGCAAAUAUGAUACAAGUAAGACUUACCACCUACCCCUGACAAAUCUCAAGACCAAGGAGUACCACUUCACAAGUGUCAAGGAUAAACUCAGGGUAAGCGUUGUAGUCAAAGACAAUAGGCUGAUUUAGCAACAGGACGGGAACGUCAGUUGACGACGGCGCUCGCAAAUUAAACAACUGGCUUGACCAAUGGCAAAGCUGCAAAUUGGGCACUGGAAGUGGCGUUUAGUCCUUUUCGCGCGCUUUCCCGUUGUCAACUGACGUUCCCCUCGUGUUGCUAAAUCAGCCUAAUAGCAUUAAAAGAAGCGGCGCGGAAGGGGGCGUAGUGCGAGAUCAUUUCCUGAAUAGCUGUUAGUAAUCGACUCUACAAUUGUCACGUAAAAAGCGUGGCAGAACCAAGAGUGAGUGCUUCAACAGUGAACUCUCCCUAAGACAGCCGGGCACCUUUGGGGCCAGUAUCAAGUCUGUCUAACAGUGAUGUCCGUCUAUGGAGGGUCAAAUAAAGGGGUGUAAAGGAAGGUAGGGACCAAUUUCAGAUGUCCAUUUUACCGAGAUGUCCUUCUUGUAGGAAAGAGAGAGAGAGUCCACUGGACUAUUUCAGUUCACAAUUCUAGUAUGUAUGUGUCUAUUUUCUUGAGGUAAACAGAUUUUAAUGCUGACCUCAUAAAGUAAAAAUAAGUGCAAAGAAUGUUUGACCAAACCCGACCUUGACAUUUACUGAUCUUCAGAAAGCUGAAGAAGAAGCCCGAAAGGCCAAAGAAGAAGAAGAAAAGCGCAAGAAAAAGGAGGAGGAACGAGCCCGGCGGCGGGCGCGAGGCUUAGAAGAUGAAGAGGAACAAGAGGAAGAAGAGAAGAAGGAAGGUGAAGGAGAUGAAGAGGAACAGAAAGAGGGCGAGGAAACCGAGGAAGAACAACACCGCGAACCAGGAGAAAUCAUCAAAGGAUUUUAUUAUGGCAAGAAAGACAAAUUCUGGGUGUCUAUGGUAGGUCUUUUUAGUAGGAUGUUUGUUCAAUGUACAGCCACCGGCGCCUAUAACCAGGAGGGUGCAACUCCCAUACUUAGCUUAUGCAACGGCGUUUUCACAGAUCAAGUUAUUUUUAGCAUGAUUUUUGAGCACUUUUCCUCGCGAAAAUGGAAGUACCAUUCCAUCAUGCGUGCGCACCCAUAGUACGAUAAUCUUACAAAAAGAAAAAGUAAAUGCUAGCAAGACAUCAGAAAUACUUUUUUUUUUCUAGUCUCCAGUUUUUAAUGACUGAUUUAUAAGACUUAUUUGUUGUUCAAAAUUGGCGGGAAAAUGGAUUUAAAAAUAAACUGGUCUGUGAGAACGCCGUUGCAUGGGCACAAGGGAGUUGCUCACUCGCUACAGGUUAUGGCCUCCUGAUAGCCUUGAGUGGUGUUUAAUAAUCUCAACGUUCAUUUAAGAAAAAAUGUGCAGCAAAAUAGGAGAAGAGAAGCUUUCAAUUGAAUUCUCACCCUUAAUUAUCAUAUGCACAGCGAGUUUUACUAUACCACGCAAGAGUCCUGCUCACACAACUUUCAUUUUGGGACAUUUCUCAGGGCUCGAAAAAAGUUUGAAUUCCAGCUUGUCCUUUGGGCAAGCAGCUCUCACAGGUCCAUUGCUUCCUUACCUUAGCUAAUGAUUUAGUUACCAGAUGACUUACCGACUGGACCCUUGGACAAGUGAGGUUAAGAAGUUCCUUGCCAAAGAAGCAAAAUUUACUUGCCCUGGACGAUCACACGGGAAUUUUUUUCAAGCCCUGUUUAUCCCCAAAAUUUGCAGGAUGUGUGUCACAUAUCGACCAUUUUAGGCCGUGGUGGAGGCUGGGUCAGUGGUUUAUUGAAUUGCACCAUGGGACUGGUUUGACCAGUUCCUGCGUAACCUCCUAAUAGUCAAUAAAUAACAGUCCAUAGUGUAAUUGGAGACAACACUGACCCAGUCUCUGACGCAUCUCAAAAUGGCCGAUGAACCCCUUGCUCGCCUUGAGUGUCCAACAUGUUUCUUUCAUCCACUCAUAUUUUGUCUUGGUACGUUUAGUCAUAACCUUGUUAGUGCAUUUCUUUCUCACAGCUUCCAAUUUUCUUAUUUUUCUCUAUAACCACACAACACUCCUCUUAAUAAAUCUAUUUUAGACUCUCGAAUCCAAGUUAGGUGUAACGUUUAUUAACCUGACCGCUUCAGUUUUAAUCUGUGAGUAACUAACGGUAUUAGUGACCACAGAAAGGGAGACAAGGGGGGAGGGGAGGGGAGGAGUAGGGGAGGGGAAGAGAGAAAGACCGCGUAGGACUAGUCCUGGCUCCAUCGUUUCUUCCCCAGCAUUUAACAGUGAUUUUGUUUUAGGACUCAUCUUUUGAAAAAUUAUGAGUCCCAUUCCAGAACCGACAAGUCCCAGUUAAAAAAAAAAACGAGUCCGAAGCUUAAAAUGCUUGGGCCUUUAUGUAACCAAGCACUCCAAAACUCUGUAUUACAGUAUACUGAAAUUAAAAUAUAGUCCUUCUAUUUCAAAGCACAACAAAAGGGGCUAAAAGAAAUAUGCAUCGUUAAACAACAUCCAUAACUGCCACAGGAAUUACACGAACGGGAUAUUUCUACAAAUACACAUGUUCAGAUCAGUGGGUCGAUCUUUGCGUUCGUUCUACAGGGUGCAUGCCAUGAAUUGUUUUGCGUCUUUGAGGAUUUUUAUGCGUCAAAUACGCAGGACGCAAAGGUAACAAAAUCACUGGUUUAAGGAGCCUGUUUUGAAGUUCCUCUGAUCGUUGUGUUUUUGCAUUUUUAUUUCAGGGUGGGUGGGAUGCAGGGUACCUUUAUGAAUGUGAGUUUGAUGAAGGCAAAAAGCCCGCUCCCGCGGAAGGACAAGAAGACACAAGAGAUGAACCAAUCAGGUCUAUACCCGUGGACGGAAGUGACGAUAAACCAAUCAGAUCUGUGUGUUUUAGGUGGGUAGAUUAAGAAAGGUUUAGCAUUGCGCCAGGAGUGAUUUUGUAACUGCUUUGAUUUUAUAGCGCUAUGCUCAUUGAUUGUCGACAUAAUCACGCGCCAAUUUUACCAAACAAACAUAUAACUGUAGAAGCGUUAGUUUCUUUGGUAGAGCGCUGGCCUGCACAGCAGGAAGUCGCAGGCUAGAUUCUUAGGACCGGACCAACACUCAGGGCCUUAAAAUAACUGAGGAAGAAGCUACCGCCUUUGCCUCGCAAACAGAUGAACCAUCGCUUGGCUUGGAUGACUAUGUACAAUUGUCAAAAGCGGUGGCACCCACAAGGGGAAAUUUUAAACACGGUAUCUUCAAUAAGUGCUAUGUGCUAAAUACAUUGACACCGAAAGUAAAGAAGUAGUUGUUUUGUAUUAACUUCAAGCUGUUAAGGGGACUCGACCCAGGUAUUUUGUAGGGGUACCAUCCUACUUUGAAGCUCUCUGGUAUCCCCACCUUUAUUUUCAUCGUAAGUCUAACAUAUAGCAUGGAUAACAUAUAGAUCAAUCUACCAUAUAGCAUAAACUUUUUGGCGAUCGGAGUAAAUGUCACGUGGUUAUAGUGCCACGCCUCUUUGGGGUCUGAGUCGAAAUUUUGCUGUUGCCGGCAUUUUUUCGUAAAAAUCUCUCGGCUACAUAUAGUGUGCAUUAGUGCGUUGCGUUCAACAGAGUUUCACCAAAAUCGCGAAGACCCAACGCGAGAAAUUCAGCGGUUUCCAAAUUUAGGUCAAAUUUAACCCAUUUAGAAAGCAUCCCCUAUCUCUCCUUCCCCCUGAAAACUCAGCAUCUGUAACUUUAUUUUUCUUUUUGUUUCAGUCAUUCAGGUAAAUUCCUCCUCCUUGGAAUGGAAAAUGGCGUGGUCCGAAUUCACCCUUUGGACGGAAAGAAUGACUUCGAACAUUUAAGCUCUUACUGGGCACUCAACGUACAUGACAAUCAACAUGGCGCAGUCCGACACAUCAAGACGAGUUUCGAUGAUAAGUACGUCUUCACCGCCGGUAUGGAUGGCAACUUCUUCGUGUUUAAGUUCAUGGAUAAAGCUGUAAAAGGACUUAAAGUUCCACAUAAAGUGUCCAUUCCUUCGCCAAAGGUAAGAGUAGGAAGCUUAAGCAACGACGACGGCAAGGGCAACGAGAACGGCAAAAAACAAUAGGUUUAGAUUGGCAAAAGAACAACUUGCACGUGCAUCACGCUUUUUUGUACAUCAGUUUCUUUGCCUGCACGACUACGACGUGAAAAUGCUUAAUUUCACGUUUUGUGUAGGACGUAAACAGAAGACAACGACUUUCUUGAACUUCGCUACAGUCUUUUAGAAUUCAGCUUCAAUUUUGCCAACAUUUGGCGAAUUGAACGAGAUUGAACGAGAUGGAAUAAGUGCGAUAAAGUUUGAAGCAGCGCGAUUUCACUUUUCAAGUGACGUUUUCGUUGCCGUCUUCGUCGAUGUUCCUUAAGGUCCUUAUUAACCCUAAAAGAGACUUUGACACGCCUGUCUAGUUCAUUUGUUAGUUUUGCCAGUUACACGUCUUUCUUCGCAACGGAUCUUAACUUUAGUGAAGAAACAAAAUCACAACUUCAUUUCAAACAAAUAUGUCUACCGAGGAUUGUUGCAAACAACAAAAAUGAACUUUAAAGAACUGUUUGGUUAACAAGUUUUCAAAAACCAUAAAUGUCAUCCGUUUUAAUCUUCUUCAAAUUUGUACACCCACGCCUUCUUUAUGCUGUGUUAUUUUUACCUUCUUUUCAUAUUUUGAGCAGUUAUUUUAAUGUUUCACACUCAACCUGGGUGCAGUUUCCACUGUUCAUAGAAAUUCUCUUAGGUGUCACUCUCGUCAAAUAAAUUUUAUAUUUAAUAAAGCAUUUCUACUUCAAAAACAUAACUAAUUAUUUCUUAUUUCUUGUAUAAUAACUUGUUAGAAUUAAAGCUUACAUUUUGCCUUUUUCUUUCUGACCUUUUAGAAACUGAUAGGCGAAGAGGGUGAAGAGAUUGUCAAGAAAAUUGAUGAUAUCGAUGAUCCAAAUCACUACAGCAUCGAACUUGAAAAACAGAAAGCAGAACACGAUCGAAUGGUCAAAUUGGCCGAGGAGAAAAAACAGGUGAUUACUACAGCUGCUUUUUUGUGUUUCUUUGUGUUGUGUUUGUUGUUGUUGUUGAACUGCGAGUGUGAUGUUCUUCGAGUGCUCGCGCGAAUCGUUCCUGUGAUGAAAUUCUGUGAGGAUAUAGUCCUCUUGUUACCUACACCUGAAGAGAUGACAGUGUCAUUGCUAAUCGUGUUUGGUUGCACUAUCAUGGACCGUAACUGCACAAUUUACUCACUGAAUGACAGAAAGCAAUUGCAGGGAAAAAAAGACUUGUGUUGUUAGUUAGUACAAAAUGUCUAGAACCAGCAAUUGCAAUUGUUUCGGAAAGUGCGAAGGUGGAGCAAAAAGGCAAAUAGUGCACCCACUACUUAAUCCUCGCUUGUUUGCUGUCUCUCUCCCGAAUUUGCACCAGUGAGCCUGCUUGCAGUGGAACUCUUUCAUGUUGCCCAUUGCGGUUUUUGUCUCUUGCUUUAGUAUAAAUUUCUAAAAAUUAGUAUUCCUGUCAAGUUUUUAGUCACACUAGCUUCUAUACUUAGUAUUUUAGAUUUAGCAAGCUCAAAUGAACCAUAUUCUCUUAUUUUUCAGAAUAUCCGUCGCAAGAUAGUAAACCUAAGACGAGCAUUCAAGGAAUUAACGGUCAAGAAUCACAAGCUUCCUUCCCAUGUGCAACUGACGCAAGACGUAAGUAAUCAAAUUCCUGUAAGUUCUGAAGAUCAAUGUUCAAGAAACAGAUCAUGACACUAAUGUGGAUUUUCACAGUCGCGUACGCACGUAAAUUGUACUCGCGCAAAUUAGAGGCAAUGUAUGGAAGGUCGUGCGUAAACGGCCACGCAAUGCUCCCCGUCCCCACGCGUGGUGCAUGAUAUAUUUUCCUCUCGAAAUCACCGAUACCUCCCCCCUCCCCCCACCUCAAAAGUCGAAUGGUUGACCCCUAAAUUACGUACUAAAUAAAACAAGAAAACAAGACAAAAACAAGAAAAAUCUCUUUGUAACUACAAAUUUUUAUAUGAGGUUAAAUAAAUAUUUAUUUAACAGAGUUAACAACAAGGAGCGCGAGCGUGGUCAUCGGUCAGUCAGUCGUUUGGCUCAAGCGCGGUCAGCCUUGCUUGCAUCGUCUCCAUGUGCUCAGUACAGUGUUUUCGUGGCGGCCAUUCUCUUCGUUUAGCCUUUGGAUCAUUCUUUUACCCCCAUCCCUCCCACCCCUUAAUUCUUCCACUGUUAAAUCAGUGUGACGGGUGCCUGGUUCCAUUGGCGUGGGGGCUCAUGGCUGGAGGGCGCGGGUUUGACAGCAAUGGGGGCGUAACUCUGUCUAGGGGCUGGCUGUGCCAAAGGUGGAAGCCCCUGGACAUCCCGGGCACCCACCUUCACUCAGCGACGCAGUUGUUAAUUGGUGUUUUCCGAAUAAAAAUUUAUCGGUUGUAGAUGAUUUUGUCAUUUUGCCGUUUUUGUAAGUAAAGUAAAAGCGGUUAGUAUAUUUUUGAAGCAAGGCGGAUUUCAUUGUGGUUUCUGUCAUUUUCUAGGAAUUUGAAAUUGAUCCUGAUCUCAUCACAGAACAAAAAGCGGAGGUGGAAAAUAAGGUAGAAACUUAUCUUAUUAUUUUUAUUUUGUUACCUUAGUGAGCAAGAUGAUUGGAACGUUGAUUAUUGUUUUUGUUCAAAAUUUAUCUUGUUUAUUUCCAGAUUGCGCUCGUUCGAAAAGAGAUGGCUUGGGAAGCUGAGAAACACUCAAUUGGAUUGCGAAAACUACAGAAAAGGUAAGUGUAAAUUGUAGGCCCUUGUUUAUUCCGCAAGGGGUUGCUUACUCUUAAGGAACUACCCUUGCACACACAUCUUAUCAUAGAAUUCUUAAAAUAAUAGUCCCGAAAAGUAUUGAAAAGCAUUGAAAAGUUGACUUGCGUACGCUUUCCUGCCGUUGACACUCAUAACGAGUUUUUCUGGGCUCAUUGUCAUUGAGUUUGCUUGUUUAUAAAAGUUAACGCGUCCGUAACUGUCAUUAUCAUUCGAUGCAAAUUUUUCUUCCUUUUCAUUGGCCGAGAGCCCACCACGUGACCUGCAAAUAACUGCCUACAAAUAAUGGUCUGCUCGUGCGCAAUGUCGUCCAACUGUGCUUGGCUGCAAAUAAUAUUCUGUCCAUGUGUAAAUGAAACCACGCUUUUCUCCUUCUUACGAUCGCUCCUGCGUGAAAUCAAAAAACAAACUCCAUGACUGAAUUAUAAAACAAUUAUGAUUUCCCACGCUUGACACAAUUUCCCGUUUCCCUGCAGUUGGAACCAGAUUCAAGGCGUGCAUCGUACGGCUCUAAGCCUCGCUAGGUUUCAAAAAUGCAAACACUCGCACAGUUUGUGUGGGUUCCCCGAGUUCAAACCCAGUCUGCAGGCUCCAGAUUGUCGGCUGUCUCAAUGAUCUUUAUUCUGACAGUUUCCUUAAUAAGUGUUCCUGUACUGACCAGCAACGCGGAAGAUAAUGCGGCUGACUUUCAAGUUUCAUUUCUAUUCUCACGCAAAUCUCAAAGUACCAAAGUAUUUUAUAAGGAGGAAGGACAGCCGUGGUCAGGAAACAAUUUCUUUAUCUCUCGACAGAUUCAAAGAUGAAAUCGAGUGUGACCGCAUCGUUUUGCGCGCCUUUCUCACUCCUCAUCUGGUCGCCACUUUCCGAGCGUCCAAACCAGAUUAUCUUCACCAGUUACUACAGGAAGCGGAAGGGAAUGGAGAAGGCCCCGACGGGGGAGGACUGGGGAGAAAAAGCUUUUCAAGUGGCACUAAAAUCUCAGCUCAGGUAGGGAUGACGUCAAACUCGUUUGCAGGCUCCUCUCAUCUUCCUGUUUCUUGUAGCUUGAUAACCUUCUUCGUGGAUGUUACGCAAAAUUUGAAUUUGUUCGUAGUUUUCAUUUAGAGGAAAACUCGCCGCCGUAGAUCGAUUUGUUAUUCCGAAUUAAGUGAAACUGUGAAGUUUUGAGAAUUCGUCGCGAACGAAUGAAAAUGGGGCCAAGAACAUACGGUAUCUUACAAGGAACUGUUUUGUGUGGUGGAAAAUCGUCAAAGUUGGAAUUUCCUCCCUUAGGGAAAUAAACGGUACCACAUCUAGGUACCUCUAUAAACGUUUUAUCUAGGCGGAGUGGAUUUGCCGUUUGCUUAUUGAUUCCACAUCCCGACCUUAUUUUUUGUCAAGUUUCAGAGUAAUAGAGUGAAAAAAGGAUAGUCAUUUUUGUUAAAACUGUUGUUUUCUAUGUAGAUGAAGAGACGCCAGACUCAAGAAAAAAUAACUCUAAACCAGCAACAACAGCAACAAGCACCGACCUCGCAGGGCCAGCUGGGUAGUAAAGUGGCGAAUGCAUUAGCAAAAGCUGAGGCACGAAGACAAAAGAGACUUGCCAGACAAGCCGAGGUAUUUCAACGUGCCAACUAUUUUGUCCAAUCAUAGCAACCGUAAAUAGAGCAGUGAACAUCAUGCAAUCGAAAGCGCGGGAAAACAUGUGCCUGUCCAAAUGUUUAUAGGCACUGUUAGCAACAUAUAGUAUUUCAGCAGUGUACAUUACCUUCACUCUGUAUAUCUUUUGUCCAAUCAUAGCAAACGUGAAUAGAGCAAUAAACCAAUCAGAAUUCAAAGCAACAUGGUGCGAUCGAAAACGCGGGAAAACACGCAUUUGUCCAAAUGCUAGUCGUUGUCAUCAACAUACACUGUCUACAGUCACUGGAGCGGUUAAAUUUAGAGUCUGGAUUUAGAAUAAGGAUUUACUUACAAGAGCCUAUUUAAUGCUUCUGACACCUUUGUCGUUUUUUAGUUUGAAAAGAUGGCUGACAAGCAUUGAAAGCGUCAACUAUAAUACUGAACUUUUUUGGCUGUGUCUAUGACCUGUUUAAAAUUUAUUUGAUACCUUUUAGCCGCAUGAAUUUCUUCAAGACUUUUCUGUUAUUUUUGUUUUUUAGUGGAACGAAUUAUAUCGGAACAAGCCCGACGAAGGUUACCAGGAUCCGAAAGACGUGGCGGCAAUCAAAGAAGCGCGGGAAAAUAUGGGGGACUACAAACUGAAAACCGCUAAGGAUUACGUUGUUCCUGAAAGUCAAAGAGUGAAUGCAGAAAAGAAAAGAAUCCAGCUCUUGAACUUACUAGACCAGGUAAAUGUUGCCUUGUGGAAUUUCUUACUAAUAUGCUUGUGACACUAUCUGGUUCGCGUGAUGUUCUUCAUGUAACGAGCGUGUUUCGAAUUCUCGGAAUUAUUGGGCUAAAUCGGCUAUUUCGAGGUUCCACGUGAAAUUUCGUUUGUACUGUGUCAAAUUGCACUUAGUCAGGACAUAACCCCUAGAAUAUUGUUGCUACUUUCUCUAAGCCCAAAAUAGUAAACAUUUGAACAUUCUUGCAAAACAUACCCAAACUCAAACCAAAUGGCAAAGACGAAGCCAAACUGAAAACCGUGAUUCCAUUCUGUAUCGCAGAAAACCAGAGUGUAUGAAAUAGUUCUAGUACAAACAGUUGGUCUUGGGUGACAUUGGAGUGAAAUGUUUACGGAAAUAUCGAAGUACCUCUUUUGAAACUUAAUCAUGUACUUCGUUUCUUCAGAUUCACCAGUACAAGUUUGAAUUUAACCAGUCUUUCUUAGCGCUCCGAGAAAAGAAAGUGAAGAUUAUUAAAGAGGUAAGGAGACAUAUAAUCUCUCCCCUGUAAACUGAAUUUCCUUUCCUUAACUGAAAAUUGCAAACCAUUGCAAAGAUAAGGAUAAAUUCUCUAAGAACUGUGACUUUUUUUCAGAUGAAAGAAACCGUUGCCCAACUUGAGCAGGUACAGCGUAAAAUCGACCCGUACUCUAAAAGGACCAUUCCUAAAAUUCCCGAAAUGAUGCCCGACGAGUGCCCGGAGAGGUAGGUUUAUUUAAAGAGCCGUUCAAAUGAAGUCACGUCCGCCAUGUUGGUGUCCUAAGCCAGUCCCGUGGGAGUUUAACUCUUUUUUUGUGUAAACGCCUUCUUUUGUCGUAAAAGAUUUGCAUAGCUGUUUGCCACGUGAAUGAAAACGCUCUAUUGACUAGAAAGGUAUCAAUUCGGCGGACACAAACACAAAGCAGGGUGCAUGGGGCGAUUGCAAAGCGCGGGAACGCUCAAACGGGCCGGGGGCGGGAAAACUUGUUAUUAGAUCCGUUCCCCCCCCCCCACCAUCCCAAAAAAAAAAAACAAAACAAAACCAAAACCCAAAAACAAAAACAAUAAAAAAACAGAAAAUAAUGUUAAAGUGAAGGGACAUAUUCACCCGGAAAUUAAAAUUGUCCAUAUCUGAUUCUUUCAAUAACAUUUAGGGCAUGUGAUUUUCUAUUUUUGAUCUCAAAUGAGAGAAACAGCUAAGCAUUAUUACAAUAAUUAUCUUAAUCCUACCAGUCUUCUUUAAAAAAAGAAACCCUUCAAAUAUUUAGUCAACUUCUGCUGUGCAGUGUUUUUGAUGAUUGUCCCAGUCUCUUUCUUGGCAUAGUUCAUUGCAGUACGUGGUUGCGUGGCACUGGUCACACAUAAACAUGCAAGGGCUUCGUCUUCCGCAGUCUGCGCAUUCGAAAUCUUCUUCAUAAUCAUCACAUUCUUCCUGAAGCGCAGAAUGUUUACGCUUCCUGUCUGUAAUUUUCUGAUCGGUUUUCGCUUGCGUUUCCGCUAUCUCCACCUAAAGCGAUAAAGAUUUUAUUCACCCGCAAGUUUUUUCAGCUAGGAAAAAGGUUAGAAACUUGAAGAUAGUUUUCCCUCUCUGUGGUCAACAAAGCAAGCCAUUUCAGCAGUCAGUAUUCAAAGCAAACAAACACCUGUAGUAUAAAAUAUCAGAAAUGAUAACCGGUCAAGUCGCCCGAAGGUCUUCCUGCCCGAAAUGCUGAGCUAUAUCGCCCGAAAUUUUAACACGUGUACUACAAGGAGAAGUAAAGAUGAAUCAAAAGUGUUUGUAAUAUAUCUCGUUCUUUAAGCGAUGAUAGGAUGAAAAAAGUGGGAUGACUGUGUAACAUCUCAUUCUUUAAGUGAUGAUGAGGAUAAUUGUGUAAAAGGGAUGAUAGGAUGUUGUUGAGCAUGUGAUAAAAUUCCGGGCGACAUAACCCAUCAUUUCGGGCAACUUCUCAAAAUUUCGGGCGACUUGACCGAAAACCCCAAAAUUGGUGAGGGCUCUGAAAAUACUUUUAAGUAAGUUAUUAUUGCAUAUGUUUUGAUUAAUUGAAGUGGGUAUUUAGCCAGUCAAAAGGCUAGCAAAUACAAUAAAAAAACGAGCGCUAAAUCCUCACCUCCUGUUGUUGUUCAGCGCAUUUGACAGCUUCGCGGAGUUCCUUUUCUUGAUCGCGAAUCAAGGCUUCGAUGGUUUUUCCUGCGCUGCUGCAAACGUUUUUGACAGUUUCUUGGCUCCGUUCUCUUUCUUUUUCGAUCUGUUUUCUGAGGCGCUGUCUUUUCUUUUCAAUCCCGGCUUUUUCCUCAGUUAUCUUAGCCGCUGCGAUCACGGCGGCAGUUUGUAAAACAUUUACUUGGUAAUCCUUAACUAGACUUGACAUUUUCUCCUGGCAUGAAGUCAUCACAUCCCUUAAUUCUUCAAUUCUCGCCAGCAGAUCUUUCACCGGCAUUUUACUUUUUAGACUGAAAAUGAGGUUAAAACUUGUGCUGCGAGGUUUUUUGUUCAACUCGUGCCGGAAAGAAAUGUUUCCGUUUGAGUUUUGUUUACGGUUGCCAUGGAUUACGUUUUCAUUUACAUUGUUGACGAAAUUGCUGUCCUUUUGCGCGCGCGCACGUGCGGACUGAGUCCAGCAUCACUAAAUGUGAAGUAAAUAUAUAAGUUGAACGCUUUUAAUUUCGAAAUAUAUUUUGUUGUAUUGGCUGUUCUUCCUUCAUUUGUUGAAAAUCAGGACUUUUUUCAAACGUCGAGCGCCCUGAGAUCGUGCGCACGUUAGUUAAAACAUGUCCCAAGUUAAUUUUUAUCCUUUGAAAAUUUGUCUUAGCUUUGUUUUUCCCAUUUUCAGAGAAUUCAUGAGAAAAUACCUCUGACUUUUUCUCGGUAGAAAAUAGAGUUUUUUCCAAGUAAUGUGAGAUCUUCGGAUGUGUCUUCUCUUCUUUGAUCGUCAUCAGAAGGUUGUACGAAUGUUUGUGAUCUUUUCCGAUUUUGUCCGAACGUUUGCGAGAAAGAUGAGAAGAUAUUUCGAGUAUACAAAUAAGGUACGAAAAUGAUAACAAACGCAAAACGCAAACGUGAAUUGUUAUGAUAGGCUCAAAAAUCCCGCAGUACUUUCUCUGCCAAUCAACCUUUCUGCUAAUCCGAAGCGAAGAAACUUGCACACGUUUUCCCGCGCUUUUCUUCAGACCAGUAUUUCCUUCGAAUUCGAUUGGCUCAUUGGAUUGUCUCUCUCUGUGACUAUUGGCCAAAGUAAUUACUUUGGUUUUACUGCACCCAAUUGAAGAACUUUGCCCUCUUCACUUACAGGCGUCUUGAAUAUACACGUGACCAGCUGCUGGAGUUCAAGAAGCAAAUAGAUAACAAGGGCGGUCAAGGUCAAGGAGAAGAGCAAGGAGGAGGUUUUGGUGGAGGAUUCGGUGGAUUUGGUGGCGGGGGAGGGAAUGAGGUGAGUUAAAAUAUUUAAUUCUCUUUACUGCAUGCCAUACAGUGUUUAAUCAUCAAGGAGGUCUGUUCCUUGCAGAGAAAUUCGGGAGCUUGGCAAGUAUUAGUUCAAGCUGAAGGAAAGUACGGUCCGCGCUCAUUGUCAAUGAUCUAGCACUGACUAAGUAGAGUUCCUAGUUUUUAUCACAGUCUUUAUUUUGGCACAUUUUCAGUAAAUAAAAAUAAAAGAAGUAGAGAAUAAGCGGCGAAUAAAAAAGUGGUCCCUUCAGUUAUGUAUUUAGGGACAUGAGAGUUUGCACACUUUUGUAGUAUAGAAUCAUUCACCAGAUGUGUUUAAAAAACAAACAAAAAAGGUGAAACCGAACAGACGUAGAUGACACGAAGCGCCUUCUCCCGUCUACCUCAAAAUCAAUCUAAGGCUUACUCACGUGUCACUGCAUGUUUCAGCCCUCAAAACAUGUUCCUCAUGGCAGUAAACCAGGCACACAGCAAAGGGACCGAUCCAUCUCGUCUGUCUCUGUGCAUUCCUCUGGGAGACCCAAGUCCAGUUUGAGUACCUUAACGGACAAAGGAACCCCUGAGCCCGCGAUAGAAGAGGUCAGCGAGGAACCGUCUGCCUUGGAACAGGAGAUUGCAUACGAAGAACAAAUCAGGUUGGAAAACAGGAAAAAAGCGUUAUAAUGAAAUACUAAAACGGCUUCAAAUGCACGGUCUAUGAGGCUAGAAUUUCUUCUCUAUAUAGACUCAAGACUACUGUGUGGUACUGAAGUAGAAUAUAAUAAACAUUAUCAUAGGAAACUUAAACAUCUGUACCGUUUGUCGCACUUUGGGGUUUUUUCUACGGACACGGCAUUUGAAGUCACCUUCCCCUAUAAACCAUAUAUUUUUUAAAAGUGAAUGGAUUUGAACUAACAAAAACUAUAAAUCAUGUUCCACUCUUGACUUAAAUUAGAAUGAGCACAACACUCCCCGUGGAAAAAAAGCUCUAGCUUUAAAAUGAAAAGGAGUAUUAAAAUUCUAAUGAAGCAUAUCUUGAAAUGUUCUACAAUUCUAUGCCUUAAGGGUUGAGGAUUCAAUAGCGGGAAAAUCAAUCGUGGUUUAACUGGCCAUUGCGGUUAGCAAGUACUUAAGAAGCGUUUUUUUCCUUUAUUUCCGUGAGUAAAACGAGGAAUCGUCGGGAACAUUGACCUAAUUUUUCCCUUCCUCUUUUCUUCAGACUGCAAUAUGAACAAGAUGUUUUGAUAGACAAGAUCAACACUACACUGGAGAAGUUUGACGCUGAUCUUCGGUACUUGAGGCACGAAAAAAUGCAUCGAGAAGUGGCCGUUAAGUGUGCUGACUUGAGGUGAGACCCGUACGAUAAAUGUUUGGUUAGGGCGGGCUUAGCUAGUGGGAGAGAAAUAAAUAAUCCAAUUUGAUUGGCUAAUCGCUGCCUACGUAGAUGUCUUUUUCGCAGCUUUCAUCGCGGGAAAAGCUUCCACAGGUUGCAACCGCGGGAAAGCGCGCUACUUACGCUAAGUGCAGUAGAUAAGCCUUUACUGUUGGCUAAUCGCUGCCUAAGUAGAUAACUUGUACACCAGCGUCCAAAGCAGGAAAACCUGCGACAGGUUCCAAGGGCGGGAAUUUCGCGUCACUUACACUUAGUGUGGGAAAUGUGAAACUGAUGCGAAGCGCGCGAAAAAGGGCUUUCUACUUAGCUGAGUUGAGUUUUGAUUUAAAAAGCGAGGAUUGUAGCCAAGGGAAAAUAAAAGUUUACGCAUUCUGUUGAACAAAAUAAAGACUAAGUCCACUUUAUGUGAAUAUCUUCUCGGUUUAUAGAUUUUUCUGUACAUUUUUCUCGACAGGCAAGUUACUCUGUUUGAAGAGUUUAUGCUACUGAAGGAGUUCGAGAAAAGAGAAAAUAGCUUCGCAAACAAAGUGAACACAAAACUCAGUGAGAAAGACGAGAUGCAGGAGAAGGUGAGACAAAAGGAAUCCGUGGAAUUUGUGUUCUCAGUAAUGGGUGACAAUUUUUUUAACUCUGCUGAAAACCUAGUAGGCUUUCUGUAAGGUGUGAUGAUAUAAAUGCAUAGGUUAAAUGGGACUGCUCUCUCGUAACGAAACUCCCCGAGCACCGAGCACCGUGCGGCCCUAUUCUUGAAGACAAAUUUGAACCCGUCAAUCUCAGAAAUCAUACUGCAUCGCACACAGGGUACCCAAAGUAACAGCCCUGGGACAGGGGACCCAAAGUAGUGAAUUUCAAGAUUUUUGGUACCUGCGAUGACCUUGAAGUUUGUUUAGUCUUGCCAAAUGUGAUUGAAGGCAAUUAGAGAUAGAUACAAGUUUUGUCCAUGGUUUCAUGAGCAAACAUUACAGUUUCGUGGUUCCGCCUUUCUAUCGAUUUUUUAGGUAGAGGAUUGUCAAAUGAAACUUGAUUCCAAGAAACAAGACAUCGAGAAGCUUCAAGAACAGGAAAAAGCGCUGUACACAACUUUCUCGGCCGCGCUUGGCGAGAACAACAAGUUCGAGUCAUUCUUAACACGCGUUUUUAAGAAGAAGAUUAAGCGCGCGAAGAAGAAGGCUCAGGCCGAGGAAGGUUCGGAUGAGGAAAGCGACGAGGAGGACAGCGACGAAGAUUUGUCGUCAAGUGACGAAGAGGACUCGGAUGCCGAGGAGUUAGACGACAGUGUGUGUCCUCCUGGAUGUGACCAGGCGCUGUUUGAUCAGGUACUAUAUUAAGUUAGUAUCAUUUCCCUACAGCGCGCAUUCUCAGUGGUUAUUUCGAGGUCACGUAACCAGGACAUCGAAUCGUGAUAAAAGUGUUUCCCGCCAGAAGUCUUUAGGCGCGCAAAAUUGCAAAGCUCAUGACGUCAGAGAGUGGCAGUGUUGACGGUUGUUUUGAUGACCGCCGUUUCGAGCGGAUGAUGACCGCCGUUUCGAUGGGCAUUUGAUCAUAUUUACAUGUAUUUUGCACAAUAUAAAUAUUAAAUUAUUAUUAUUAACUAUUAUUUCCCUCUCAUAAACUGUCGUUACCAUUUUAAAGACACUUAGGAAAUUUUUGACCAGUCAUUGAUAGUGUUUUCUAAUAAGUAGAAAGAAGUUCACAACUCAGAAUCAAAACCGGGCCUUUUCUUAUGCUUAUCUCUCUCCCUGGCCACGACACUACCACACAGAGACGCCUAAAUUCCGAAAAAUUUAAGUACAUGAUAUGAUAAACUGUCUUUCAUAACUGAUACGCCUACAACAGGUGACCCUAGCCCUUCGUCUUUACUAAAAAUUUAACGUAAACUCAUCUUGGACUUAUGAACUUGCUCCUUCCAAAGCUACUUAAACUUUAUCCAAAGAAUAUAUUACUUCUGCCAUGACCAAAGGUCGUUGAAAAUGGCACCGUCGCCAGCUACGUGCAAGACAUUGUUUGAGUUGUGACUCAUUCAGAUUUUUUUUAAAAUUCACUUUUAAACUUUGUUUCUUCUUUGAAGGUUUGUCAACUUCGUGAGCGUCGGUUAGACCUGGAGGAAGAGUUAGCAGAAGAAAAGAAAACAAGCGAGUCGCUGAAAAAGGAAUAUGACGCCCUCGUCAAGAAAGCGAAGGUUAUCGACAGCGCGCUUAAAACGGCUGAAGCUGACUUGGAGGCUUUCCAGGUAAAGGCUAUCGCUAGCUACAUUAAAUAUCAUGAAAUGGAAAAUACACUAAUAUGGUCGGCUAAACCCAUUUUACUACAGUUCUUUGAAAUAAGUAAUAUAACGCUCACCGUAAUUGUUUAAGCACCGUCAAAGGGGCUGUGUCAUUGCUGUAUGGUUUAUUCGCAGGGGGCUCACACAAUCUGUCCAUGUUUGCUUUAUCUGUAGCGGUAUAUCGCUAAACAUGUCCAUGUAUCAAAGUUAAAUAAACGUUGUGUUACCUUACCUUUGAUAAGUUGUUCUCGUUUUGUCUGAGAAGUGGUAUUUUGAGCGAUUGUGACGGAUUUUGAGUUCGCUGUUCCUUAAAAUUCUUCAAAAUUGCUCAAAAUACCACGUCUCAGGCAAAAAGAGAACAAUUUACCGAAGGUAAGGUAACACAACGUUUAUUUAGCAUUGAUACAUGGCAUAUUUAACAAUUAUUCCUCGAGCCCGAAUGGGCUGUGAGUCAAUAGCCCAUUUGGCCGAAGGCCGAAUAUUGACUCAGAGGCCAUUCGGGCUCGAGGAAUAGUUGUUUUAGUAAAAUCCAACUAGUUCGUCAAAAAUAUCGAGACAAAAUAACUUUAGCCAGUUAAAGCUAGACUUUAAUCCUUUUUUUGCCGCCAAAAAGUCGGCGCUUUUCGCUACAAGUGGGCUAUAACAUAUAGCCUAGUAGUAGCUCAACCAAUCAGAACGCAGCAUUGAUAAUAGACCACUAGUUGGAUUUUACUAAUUAGCGAUAUACCGCUAUAGAUGAAGCAAACCGUAAAUACAGUACAUUUACCAUAUAAUUACAUCGGUUACCUUUGGUUCAUGUUCAGCUUAGGUGCGUUCAUUCACACCUUGUAGACCUUCUAUUUUCAUGCUUCAAAACUACGGUUUACACCAAUUUCAUUAUGCUUCAGCGUGAAAAGCAGCAGAAGCUAAACGAGUUGGAUGUGGUUGUUGUGCUAAGACUUCAUCAGAUCCAGUACAUGUUAAACAGCGCGCUACCUCAAGAUCUGUCCCAGUGUCUGGUUUUCAACAGCCCAGGGUUGGUCAGGCUGCAACACAGAAUUAAGGAACUGGAAAAAGAGAAAGCCGAACAAAAACGACUUUACAGGUAUCUUAAUGAUAAUGCAUCGCCAAGGGAGGUUUACGAUCUCUUCUCGCGCGCAGCGCGUGAACCGUGCGUGAAUUCCCGAGGCCUGCAAACUCGUGUGGCCCAUAUAUAUUUCUAUGUUUCUGUGUGAUAUAUCUGUUGGUAUCCGCAAUGAUGUCACCAAGCGACAAACUUGGUCCGUUGUUUAACUGUAUUUGCGGCCGUUUUGACGAUCAAGAAAUGUUUUAGCGGUACAUUUCGUCGGUAAAAGUAUUUUACAAGGAGCAUUGAAGCAAUUUGGAGCAGUAGCAUCAAUAUAAGAAAAUCGCGAUCAAAGAACAUUAAUUUGUUAGUGCGUCUCACUUCGCGAGGUUCUUGCGAUAAAAGUAUUUGUAGUACUGUACUAGUAAUAACCAAAGAUUGAGGAGUGCCGGCAGGCGGGACCGAUCGAAGGUCAAAACGCUUUUGCUCCAACUCUGUGCUGUGCGUUAGUUUCGUGCGAUAGGAGGUCCAAACGCGCGUGAUUGGAUUGCGUUCUUUGCAUUCCACUCAUUCAUAGUGGAAGUCCAAACGAAUAGUACCCUAAAGAUUUGGAUCGCGGGCUCCUCUGGUCGCGCGCAAUUACAUGUUUUAAAUGUUUUUGGCACAUUGCACGUCUCCCUUCAGGAGUGUGGUCUAUUUACUAAUAUGAGCUAUGAAAGCUCUGAUUGGUUAGUGACCGAAGACUGGUUAGUUACCAGUCUCUCUGUUGUGUUCAAACAGACCGAAAUUCUUAAUCCGAGAUUGUCUUGAGUUUCUUGGUAAUCUUUUAAGCUUAUAAGAAUACUAUGCUUACAAUCUCUUAUUUUCUUCAGGGAACAUCGCCAGACGCAUGUGCAGCUUAUCCGGGACAAGAAAGUACAGGAAGCCAAAGUAUGUUGAUCACAGGAUACCCAGUACCCUGACAUUCAGUAUUCUACAUGAUGAUUGUAUUUCAAACUUUAGACUAAUGGUUAUACUUGGUAAUGUCUCUGUUUGUAGAUCGGCGAGUUGGAGGAGAAAGUUCGUAAUAUGUUAAUGUUAAAGUUUGGCCGUCUUGUGGAUUUGGAGAAGCUUGAAACUGUAACAGUGAACAGAACUGUGGAGGAACUGAAGGAAAAGUUGCGACAACAGGAGUCUAAAAGCGCUGCCGAGAUCGCUAAAUGGAAUGUAAGUUAAAACUUGCCAUAGACUUACGAUAAUCUAUAAUACCGCGAAAUGGCAUAUGUGGACUAUCGUAGGAUCUAGGGCAGAUACGGCGAAAAAAGGUUUGAUUGUGGUUUCGCAGUUUCGAAUAUUUUGUGGUAUUAAUCAGCUGUAACAAAGAUUUAUUGCUUUCGGUAGUUGGCCUUUGGUGUUGAAUAUUUAGCAAUUUUUGGAUUCUGCUUUCGUAUGAUAUGAAGAAUUAUAUGCUGAUCCUCGGAGGGUGUUAUUCGCCUCGGCUUAUAACACUUCUCGGCGAUCUGCCUAUCUGUGAUACAGUGGGAUCUCGAGGAACUCAGUGGCAAGAUAUGCCCGCUAUAACGAGGGUUCUUUAUCGUGAUUCUUUUUCCAUACAUUUUGCUAUUACUAAGGCGAAGAAUGUUUGUCGUUAUACCGAGGGUUUUAUUGUAUAGAGACUGUGAUAGCGAGUAUCCUCUGUAGCCGCAGAACGCGGAAAAAUCUGGAUACAAUUUCAUUUUGACUUGCGGUACAAUAUUGCAUGGCAUGGCGAUCAGGUGGCGAUGGCAUUUUCAGGUUUUUUGCCGCGUUGUUAACGUAGCGAAUGCCCCCUUUACCACUGCUGGUUCGGGCCACAAUUUUUUACAUGCCAUGUGUUGCAAUUUCAGAGCAAGAUUGACUCGUACAAGAGCAACGUGACCCAGCUGACGCGUAAAAACACUCAGAGACUGGAUACAUACACUGUACUACUUCAGGAGAAGAAAGAACUUGAACAGAUGCUUAACUCACGACAGAAAUCACUGGUGAGUGUUUGAUAAUGGUCUUUAAAUCAAGAAAAAUUCAAACACUCGGAACUGCCAGCAAACUGAGUGAAACAUAAAAAUAGCUGCUCAAAAUAUUAGUUAAGGUAUAAAUAACACAGGAAAUACAAACGAAAGAACGGAUCGACAUAUUUUUUUUUAAAAAUUGUUCGUCUAACAAUUUUUCGAAGUUCAUUUUUGAAUGAGCUAGACACGUGACACGGCCUCAUAAAAUAUGAGCGCCAGCUAGUCCCGAUUAAUGGGGUUGAAAAAAAUCGCCCCAGCCGUCCUUUUCAUAUGAACACAUUGAGAUUGCUACGAAUGAAGUAGUGGAGAGAAGAAAUCUCGGAAUGGGACCCAGCCCGGUUGUCAUGGAGAAACCCUAACGUAGGUCACGACUGCUAUGUUUUCGUCUUUCUAGUGAUCUUCAGGCUUGAGAACGAGUGUGAUUUUUUGAAAGAGGGUCUGGAAAGGGAGGCCCUGAUCCCGUGGAGAAUCCCGCGUCCUGAACUUCCGUCCAUGCUCUCCUUUAUAUCGCUCUGUUUCCCAAUCCUGUAUCUUGGAAUCUUCAGGCGUGAUUACGAGUAUGAUCUUUUAAAAUAGGGUUUGGAAAGGGAGGCCCUGAUCCCGCGGAGAAUCCCGCGUCCCGAAAUUCCGUCAUUGCUCUCCCCAGUAUCGCUCUCUUUCCCAACCUCGUUGUUUUGGCGAAUCUCGUUUCCUGGGCAGCAGUCAAAUCCCGUAUCCCGUUAACGUUUCCCGAAUCCCGCACUGUAUUAUGGUCAAAUCCCGGAUCCCAGGAUGACUGUUCCAGACCCGGUUGAAAGUUAAGCACUGUCACGUUUUAAAAAUUUCUCUCUUUCCUCGUUUGCUAAUAGUCGAAACUAGACCUCAUGGAUAUUAAAAUGGUGACAAAAGUGAUUUUUUUUUUUAUUGCUAGUAAUCAUCAUCAUUUAUAAAUUUUUUCAUUCUUUUGCUUUUUUCUCGUUGUCAGGGAACCGAGUUUACCGGCAGCCGAAAAGCAGACAUACGGGAAAGACAGCGAUUGGUUCAGUUAGUGCAACUGCAAGCUCAAGAAAUAGACGCUCUAAAGGAUGAAAUAACACUUUUAUCACGCAAGGGGGGACAUAUUCUUCCUCCAGCUCAACCACCCCUCCCCCCUGGACAAACACCAAUACCGAAUCAGUAACUUAAAAUUGAUUGUUAUUGUAAAGCUAUAUUUAAGGGACAAACUCCUAGUUUUCGAGGAGGUUAUUCUUUUCGCGCGAGGUUUUAUACAUACUUUGUAAAUAUUGAAAAUGUGCCUUAGUAUUAUGCAGGAUUUUAAAGACCAUUUUGUGUCGUUU